AUGAUUCUUCUUUAUUCAUAUGCUGUUAUUUUAAUAUUAGGAGGUGCCAUUGGAUAUCUCAAGUCUGCCUCUACACCAUCUUUGGUGAUGGGACUUCUCUCUGGUUUGCUUGUUGCCUACGGUGCAUCUUUAACCAGUACAAAUAAGAGACAAGGAAAUCAAUUGAUUAUGCUUGUAUCACUUGGUCUAUUGAUCUUUAUGGGAAUGAGAUUCUACAACUCACAAAAGUUCAUGCCAGCAGGUCUUGUAUCCCUGUUUUCAUUGAUUGUUUUCGCAAAGACUUAUUUUGAAUAUUAA